AUGAGUGAGAAGAAAAAUAUUCCGAGCAAAGUUCCCGUGAAAUCCAACAAAAAAGUCAACCAAUGCGUAAGAGUGUGGAAACCAGUGAAAAUCUUCUUGAAUGUAUUUUUCUCCCAAGGAGCUCUCCAUGGAAUCACAUAUUUGGGAAUACCGCUGCUUCAUAUCGUGGAAAAAUUAUUCUGGCUAGUUCUGAUGACAGUUUCAUUUUAUUUCUGCGCGACACUAAGCUUAGCAUCUUGGCAGCGGUUUCAAACGAAAAGUACGGUCAUAACAAUCGAGAAGGAUCACUACUAUUGGAACAUUUCUAUACCUAGCCUCACGAUAUGUCCAAUGGAGCGGAUCGAUAAGGCUCUGUUUGAACAAUUCUGCGACAAAAACAAUAUACACGAAAAGGACGAACAAGAGGAGAUGUUUCGAUUUAUUGAGUCACUGGCAAACUCAACCUACAUUAACUUUCGAAACAUCAAAGGGACGCCUAACGUUGACCGUAUACUCUCAAUGCUCCGGGUCCAACCAAAGGAUUAUAUGAUGCUGAUAGCAAACCUAACGCAGGACCUCACCCGGCGGGACCAUCAAGAGUUUCGAGUGCGCAGUCAAAACAAUCUCGAGUACAUCCGAACGCUUCAAACACUGACCGAAUACGGUAUUUGCUACACCACAAACAGCUUUAUCGCUCCAAAUUUAACGACGAGGUGUUCUAUCACAGUCCGUACGAAACGAUAAACAUAGCCCGCUAUCUACCCUACAGCAUGGAGGCGUACGAGUUUGAAGCAUACUCCAUCGAAAUGGUUACAACGAAGGACUUUCGGGAUUGCGCAUCCGAAGCCAGUGUGCGAUUACAAGACGCUGAAAAUAUGCUUCCCUCCGCUGGAGGAGCUAUUCCUGGAGUUCCGCCAUCACGACAGAAACCAUGAAACCAUCAACUGCUUCUGCGAACAAAACUGCGUGGCUUCCAAAGUGGUCACCGAAAAAAUCCAGGUCCUGGUUGGCACACGGAAACUGCUCGGAAGCAACGGAGGACUCGUUAUAAUGAAAAAAUACCCGCUUAUCCGCUUCAAUCGGCAGGUGCUGUUUACAUUCACAGACUUGCUGGUAUCAAUCGGAGGAACGGCCGGCUUCUUCCUUGGAUUCAGUGUCCUAGGGAUGGUGGAAAUUAUCUAUUUUUUCACGCUCCGUCUUGUCUGGUAUAUUCUCGGGCGUCGUUAGUCGCCAUGUGGCACACUGUAGAGCCACGACCUAAACAGGCUUUCGCAAGAAGGAAAAAAAGGAAGGCCCUUAAUACCCAUUCGUUCGU